ACCGCUCCUCCUUCCGUCGCCGUCCCGACCCACUUCCGGCGGAACCAGCUUCAACAAGGGAAACUUUAUUGUUCCCACUGAGCAGCGACGAUGUCGGUGAACUACGCGGCGGGGCUGUCGCCCUAUGCCGAUAAAGGAAAGUGUGGGCUCCCCGAGAUCUUUGACCCCCCGGAGGAGCUGGAUCAGAAGGUGUGGGAGCUGGCCCGGCUGAUCUGGGAGUCAUCCAAUGUGGUGUUCCACACGGGUGCUGGCAUCAGUACUGCCUCAGGCAUCCCUGACUUCAGGUCUGUGAGCACCGAGGGGAAACUGAGGGGCCCCCACGGCGUGUGGACCAUGGAGGAGCGCGGCCUGGCGCCCAGGUUCGACACCACCUUCGAGAGCGCGCGGCCCACCCGCACGCACAUGGCGCUGGUGCAGCUGGAGCGCGUGGGGCUGCUGAGGUUCCUGGUCAGCCAGAACGUGGACGGGCUGCACGUGCGCUCGGGCUUCCCCAGGGACAAACUCGCUGAGCUACAUGGGAACAUGUUCGUAGAAGAAUGUGCCAAGUGUAAGAGGCAGUAUGUCCGGGAUACGGUCGUGGGGACCAUGGGCCUCAAGGCCACUGGCCGGUUCUGCACCGUGGCCAAGGCACGGGGGCUGCGGGCUUGCCGCGGGGAGCUGAGAGACACCAUCCUGGACUGGGAGGACUCGCUGCCCGAGCGGGACCUGGCUCUCGCCGACGAGGCCAGCAGGAACGCGGACCUGUCCGUCACCCUGGGCACCUCCCUGCAGAUCCGGCCCAGCGGGAACCUGCCCCUGGCCACCAAGCGCCGAGGUGGCCGCCUGGUCAUCGUGAACCUGCAGCCCACCAAGCAUGACCGCCAGGCCGACCUGCGCAUCCACGGCUACGUGGACGACGUGAUGGCCGGGCUCAUGCGGCAUCUGGGGCUGGACAUCCCCUCCUGGCACGGGCCCCGCGUGGUGGAGCGGGCGCUGCCCCCGCUGCCCCGGCCACCUGCACCCAAGCUGGAGCCCAAAGAUGACAGCGACACAGAGCCCACGGCCCAGCUCAACGGCUGUGCAUCUGCCCUGCCCAAGCCCCAGCCUCGCAGCCCCAAAGCGGAGCGGCCCGACAGCCCGGCCUCCCACCCGCCCCCCAAAAGGCUGAAGGCCGAGGUGGGGCCCAGCUGACCAGCCGGCGGGGGCGGGGCGGGGUGUUCUCUAGGAACUGUGCGUACUUUGCCCUGCCGGUGUCACCUGGGACAUGGCUUUGUCCCGGGGCCCUCAGGUGCUGGCUCCUCUGACUCUGGGCCGUGCAGUGGGGCCCGGGAAGCAGCCCCCCAGAAGCUGCCGACCCCGCCCUCUGACUCAGGACUGGCCGGGAGGGUGGCUGGGCCCCCCUGGCUUCCAGCCCCCGAGGGACUGGGUUCCCUCGUGCCCGGGCCCCCUCCCUCCUCUCUUAUCUCAAAGCCACCUCCACAGACCCUCCAGAGGGGAGCCCAGGGGCCUGCGCCCCACUUUCCGAGGGCUCCCCCAAGCCACCAGCACAAUAAAAGCAUCCGAAUGCA